AUGAAUACUACUACUAGUAAAGAGUCAACGAUCACCGAUCAGUUAUCAAUUGAAAAGGUUGAAGCAAAUAUAUGGCCACCUACACGAAACGAACUAUUAACAGUAUCUGUAUCAGGUGUGGCGAAAGAAACAUUUAUGCGUGGUAAUUAUAGCAAGACAAUUGUUUAUCGAAAAUAUUCUUUGCCAUCAAUAUUGGGACCAUUGAGCGACUUCGGAAUUGAUUUACCUACUUCGCCUGGCUCAUUGAGAAUGAUUAUAUUUAAUGCUACAAUACCUGAAGUAGCACCUGCAGGACAAUAUGAUAUAUAUGUCAAAGCAAAUGAACAAGAUUAUGCAGAAAUUUUAUGCGUUGCAAUUAGUUGGGAAUUUUAA